AUGCUAGAUACAAAUAGAAGCGAUGUGCGUCAAAUUCUAGAGGUAUCAAACGAAAAAAAUCCUGAGAAAUACCUUGGUCUUCCUUCAAUAGUUGAAAGAAAUAAGAAGGGGGCUUUUGUACAUUUGUUUGAUAAUUUUCGAAGCCAUAUAAGGAAUUGGUCCGUGAAGGCUUUUUCUCAAGGAGGUCCUUAUCAAGUUCGUGCUCCAAGCUAUUCCUUUAUUCUCUAUGAACUACUUGCUUCUCCCUUAGACCCUUUGUUUGGAAUUAAAAAGUAUAAUGGCCAACUUCUUUUGCCAAAAGUUAGAGAACAAAAGGGGAAUUCACUGGUGUUCUUGGAAUGCCCUUUGGCAGUCAAAAGAAAAUUGUGGUUUGGGUUUCGAUAUCUAGCAAAGUUUAACAUCGCUUUGUUGGCAAAAUAUGGUUGGUGGCUUCUUAUUUAUCCUACUUCGUUUUUCGAUCGUCUUUACCGUGCAAAGUAUUAUCCGACGGGGGACUUCUUGAGUUCUAGCGUUGGAGCUGCCUCGUCCACAUUUGACGUAGUAUUUGGUGUGCUAAGGGUCUUCUUUUGA